AAAGUGCAUUUGCCAAAGAACAAAGAUCAAUUUAUUAGUCAUGGCCUGGAACAUAGGCUUCUCUCGCUGACCAUUCAUCCAGCGAUAUACACGUACAUGACUGGCAGCGUCGCUGUCCAGCUUUUCGGAUAUGCAAGGGUUAAUAGAAAAACAAACACUUGGUGAGAGCUCCCCGAAGUGCAUAUAAACGUCAUUGUUUAGAGUAGGUACUUUUCGCUUCAGUGGGUGCUGAUGCACAAGAGCUCGGGAAAACGAUGCUCGCCUUUAAUACCAAACAAGACAGUGACCAGAUGGAUCAAACUUCACCAUCCGGUUGAAAUUCACCGCUCAGCAUGUAGCGUAACUUCAAGUUAAUUUUCCAACGUUUCUUUUCUGCGGUUGCGAUGUCGUAACUUUUAAACGACACAGGGUAUGAAUGGAUACCAUGAUGAAUUACUCAACUAACAGACAACAAUUCGACUUCAAGAAGAGGCGUCUUAUUUUGUUUCCAGAUAUUGUACCCUUGGUUUAUCUAAGUUCCGCUGUGUAAUGAAGACAACUUACGUACCCAUUUCGCAUGAGCCAAAGAGGUUUUGGUCGGCUCUUUCAAGUCGAAGCUUCAAAAUGAGGAAACCUAGGGUCAAUCGGAUGGUCCUGGCUAUGUGUUUAGGAUCCUUCGUCAUGGUCAUAUUUUAUUUCCAAAGUAAUCUGAAGCCAGCAGCAACACAGGGUGGUGACCAGGCCAGAGGUCUGGGCAAGUCAGGGAGGAGCCCGCUGCAGACACUCUACGACACGGAUCCGAUGGAGCUGUCCCCCUUGCAGGUGAUGCACCAGGGCCGGCGGGAGCUGCUGGAGGAGGCGUGCCGCUCGUACACACGCAAGCGGCGCGUGCUCAUCCCGGAGGACCUGAAGCACGUGAUCGUGGACGACCAGCACGGCCUGCUCUACUGCUACGUGCCCAAGGUGGCGUGCACCAACUGGAAGCGCGUGCUGAUGGUGCUGACGGGCGGCGCCGGGCCCGACCGGCACGAGCCGCUCCAGAUCCCCGCGCACGAGGCCCACGUGCCCGGCAGGCUGCGCACGCUCUCCGAGUACUCCACGGCCGAGAUUAACCAGCGCCUGCGCGGCUACCUGAAGUUCCUGUUCGUGCGCGAGCCCUUCGAGCGCCUGGUGUCGGCCUACCGCAACAAGUUCACGCGCAGCUACAACACGGCCUUCCACAAGCGCUACGGCACCAAGAUCGUGCGGCGGGAGCGGCCGGACGCGCGGCCCGAGGCGCUGGAGCGCGGCGACGACGUCUCGUUCGGCGAGUUCGUACGCUACCUGGUGGACCCGGCCACGCAGCGCGAGGAGCCCUUCAACGAGCACUGGGAGCGCGUGCACUCGCUCUGCCACCCCUGCCUCAUCCACUACGACGUGGUGGGCAAGUACGAGACGCUGGAGGAGGACGCCACCUACGUGCUCAAGCUGGCCGGCGCGGACGGCGAGGUGCGUUUUCCGGCCUCGGGCAAGAACACUCGCACCACCGGCGAGCUGGCCGCCAGCUACUUCAAGGACAUCAGCCCUGUCUACCAGCGCAAGCUGUAUAACCUCUACCGCAUGGACUUCCUGCUCUUCAACUACACCAUGCCGGAUUACCUGAGGGUCCAUUGAGGGCAGAAGGGCAAGGGAAUGGGGGUGGUGGGGGCACAGUGUUUUUCUAGUUUCUAGUCUAUCUCCUCCUGUACUGCUGUUUGAACAGAGAUCCCUUACAGAUGCAUUAAUAUAUUGGAUUUUUCAACAGACUUGGAGAGUGUCUAUGAAUGUCCGAGAGCACUUCGCCUCCCCUCCAGAGACUUAUCAUUCUGGUCACUCUCUUUUUUUAUCAUUUCUAUUGAUAAAUGUAAUUUAUAGAUUUUAUAAAAGGAAAUGUUGCAAGCCAACUAAAAUGAUUACUGUUGUUGCUGAGAAAUUACUGUCAGAUGUGAGGAAAAAAGGCUGUCCGGAGGGAAGCAUUUAUAUGAUCCAGUAGAUUUGUAAAUGGCCAUCAUGGGUACAGGGACAUCUUAAUAUUGUAGUUUCCCCUCUAUUUUCUAUGGUCAUUCACACGUACUUUAAUACUGAAACCAGACUGCCGGUCUUUUCCUGGAUAUUUGCGGAAAGUUGCCAUGUCAAACUUGAGGGAAUGCCUGUGCUUUGUGAUAGUUCAAAGCCAGAGGAGGUUCUGGAAGCUUCUGCCCAUUUGAAGCCUCACCUCUGCCCACAACCCCGUGGGGUGUGGCGUCUGAACAAGAAGGUGCCUGUAAAAAAUUACCCCCUGAACUUUUAUUUGGCAACUCUGAGCUGUGCUCGCCGUGCCACACCCAUCUCCCCACGCCAGAGACAGGAAGCCUGUCAAACAUACUGUGAAAGUGAUAAGAGGAGACGCAGAUGUCUCCCUGUGACUUUGUGGCGGUGUUGAGUGUUUGUGUCUUGGGGAGAUCACCACACAGUGCCUUUUCUCUUCUCUUCUCUUCUCUUCUCUUUUCUUCUCUUCUCUUCUGUUCUCUUUUCUUCUCUUCUCUUCUCUUCUCGUCAUCGUCUCCUUACCACAGGCUCAUCAUUUGCUGCUCACAUGCUGUGGAACUUUCUUGAGAGACGUUCAGCGUUGAUGUGACGGCCAUGUUUGUUUGUUUUCUGGAUCAUACAUCCACUCUCCACAGAACUGUAUGUGACAUUGUGUCUUUUGAAGUACAAUUUAUUUAUUUGUCAGACUUUUGGACAGAGACAUGUCAGCCAAAGCAUGUUCAAAGCCAUGUUCAGACUAAAGACAUCACUCAACUGAAUUCUUCACUUUUUUCAGCCGAAAUAAACUUCCAACAGAGUA